AUGUCAACUCACAGUGAUUUAUGCGAUUUGGACGGGGUUUCUGCAUCAGACUUGUUCAAACGAGAGCUUGGACUGACGUUUAGCGACGUAAUCAUUCUACCAGGAUUUGUUGGGUUUGGAAAACAUGAAGUCGACAUUACCAGCAAGAUAUGCAAACGAUUUUCUCUGAGGGUUCCUUUUGCAUCAUCUCCUAUGGAUACAGUUACUGAAGCGAAAAUGGCCAUAGCAAUGAGUCUUUGUGGCUCAAUAGGUUUUGUUCACAACAACUGUUCCAUUGAGGCUCAAGCUAGUGAAGUAAAGAAGGUCAAGAAAUAUAACCAAGGUUUCAUCUUGUCUCCAGUCGUUGUUUCACCAAGGCAACCCGUUUAUGAUAUCAUUGAAAUAAAGAGAAAAUACGGGUUCGGUGGGAUCCCUGUGACUGAGGAUGGUAAUAUGGGGAGUCGCUUGGUCGGUUUAGUCACUCUUCGUGAUGUGGAUUUCUUGGACCCGAAUGACUUCAACACACCUGUUGAAAAAGUAAUGACACCAUUUGAUGAUCUUGUUACAGCGUUCUCCGGUGUGACACUGUCUGAAGCAAAUGAUCUUCUGCGAAAGAGCAAAAAAGGUAAAUUACCAAUUAUUAACGAAAAUCGUGAAUUGGUGGCAUUAAUUGCACGAACUGACUUAAAAAAGAAUCAAGAUCAUCCACUAGCAUCUAAAGAUUCCGAAAAUCAGUUAAUUGUUGGUGCAGCUAUUUCAACACAAGAGCGUGAUUUUGAUCGUGUCGAUGCUUUGGUUAACGCUGGAGUCGAUAUUAUUGUUAUAGAUUCUUCUCAAGGUAAUAGCAUCUAUCAACUAGAUAUGAUAAAGCGCGUAAAAUCUGUAUUCCCAGAUUUACAAAUAAUUGGAGGAAAUGUUGUUACCUGUGCACAAGCGAAAAAUUUAAUUGAUGCUGGUGUGGAUGGGUUACGCGUUGGAAUGGGCAGUGGAUCAAUUUGUAUUACUCAAGAAGUGACUGCUGUUGGUAGAUCACAAGCUAAAGCUGUUUAUAAAGUAUCUGAAUAUGCUCAUAAGUAUGAUGUGCCUGUGAUAGCAGAUGGUGGUAUUCAAAAUGCCGGUCAUAUUGUUAAAGCUUUGAGUUUUGGUGCAUCUGCAGUUAUGAUGGGUGGACUUUUAGCUGGUACAACGGAGUCAGCUGGAGAAUAUAUAUUUUCUGAUGGCGUGAAAUUGAAAAAAUACCGAGGUAUGGGGAGUUUAGAAGCGAUGUCUCAGCAUACAGAAAGUCAAGCGAGAUAUUUCAGUGAAUCAGAUCGUAUUAAAGUUGCCCAAGGUGUUUCUGGAACAAUUAUUGAUAGAGGUUCAGUUCAUCAGUUGGUUCCGUAUUUAGUAGCUGGUGUUAAACAUGGAUUACAACAAGUUGGCGCUAGAAAUAUAACAGAAUUACACAAUAUGUCGAGAAAUGGAACGUUACGCUUUGAACAUCGAAGUUCAUCAGCGCAACUGGAAGGUGGUGUACACAGUUUAUAUUCGUACAAUAAAAAUCUUUAUUAG